AUGUAUUAAAAGAAUAGUUUGAAUGAUCUUACACCAAUCUCGUAAAGAAAAUUAACUCAUCAAGGAAAGACCAAAACUUUUUGUCCUUCCUUGUUUUUAAAUCAAAUUGAUAGUUAACCCAAAAAAAUUGAGGAAGACAAUUUACAAAAACAAUUGGAGUUAGAAAUACCAGAAGAGAUAAUACUGCCUAAGACUGUCCGAAGAAGACAUGCUAUGGGGAAUGGAUUGUCUCCCUAAAAAACAGAUCAAAUCCUACCCAAUAUCCCCAGUCUCUCUUUACAUGUGACCAUGCAAAAAAGGAACAUGGAUGAUCUCCUCUAAUUUCAAGAGAUUUAAACUUAAAGGGAGAAUACUGAGAUGGAGAACAUCAACAAAAAGAUCAAAUCUAUCAUCAAUAGCAACAGAAGAUAAGUUUCUUUUUAAACCUCUCAUGUUAUUAUUGAUGAAUUUGAUAAUUAUGAAGUAGUCCAAGAAUUACCAACUUAAAGAUACCAAGUCCCAAGGAGACGAACACAUCUCAAAUAGUUGACAACUGAAAUAUGA